AAUGUCGGCUCCAGCUACUCAAGCCAAGGAAAAUCAACCUCUAACACGACAGAGGACUGAAACCGACUUCAGCUUAUUGCCAGCUACCAAGAAGCGCAAACUUGGGUCGACGCAGUCGUUUGGAUCCCAGGGGGUGUUGCAACAACCAUCAUUCGCUGAUGUUUUGGAACGGUUGAAGGAGGAAGGCGCUAAUGGGCCAAAUGGUGCUGAAGGAGGCGCCGACUGUUGGGCACGGCCACCUCUUCCUCGUAUCGACGAGAAACGCGAUUCAAUCGUGUUUCAGCAAAUAGAUGUUGAGGCCUCUUCAAAUCCUGAAACCGGCGCAAUAAUUUUGAGGAUGUUUGGCGUUACAGAGGAUGGACAUAGCGUUCUCGCCACGGUUACCGACUAUCUUCCAUACUUCUACGUUCCUGUUCCUCGUGGGUUCACGGAUACUGAUAUUGAACCAUUCCGCCAAUACUUGAAGGGCAUCUUUGAUAACGUCGUUCGCAAUAUUGAGAAAGUGAUGCACAAAACACUGAUGGGCUACAGAGGCGACGUCUUAGUCCCUUUUCUGAAGCUCACACUUUCAGAACCUAGAAGUGUCCCAAAAGUACGAGAUAAGUAUUCACAUCCUCUCUUCCAUGACAGCGACAGGAGCCUGAUAUACUUUGACUAUAUACGCUUCUUCGACCAAGAAGGCCCUGGAUACAACGGUUUCUUCGAUGGAACGCAUCAAACAUUUGAAAGCAACAUUGUAUUUGUCCUUCGAUUCAUGAUCGAUACCAAGGUUGUCGGUAUGAAUUGGAUUGAAGUACCUGCUGGAAAAUAUGCCAUCACCCCACAAGGAAAGAAGCGUUCCACAUGCCAACUUGAAAUAUCUAUGAGAUACGAUGCCUUCAUCUCGCAUGCACCAGAAGGAAACUGGUCGAAGAUUGCACCUUUGAGAAUUUUAAGUUUCGAUAUCGAGUGCGCAGGUAGGAAGGGAAUUUUCCCAGACGCCAACCACGACCCUGUCAUCCAAAUAGCCAACAUGGUUACUCGCCAAGGCGAACAAAAGCCAUUUAUUCGAAACAUAUUCACCUUGAAUACCUGCUCUCCCAUCGUUGGGUCCCAGGUUCUCUCUUUCAAUGACGAAGGAAACCUCUUGCAAGCUUGGAGAGAUUUCGUAGAAGAAGUUGAUCCUGAUGUAGUCAUCGGUUACAACAUUGCAGGGUUUGACUUCCCUUAUCUCAUUGAUAGAGCGAAGGCUCUGAAAGCCACAAAGUUUCCGUACCUUGGGAGAAUGAGGGGCAUGAGAACGGAGACCAAGAACACUCACUUCUCAUCGAAGGCCUACGGUCAACGUGAUUCAAAGGAUACACCCCUGGAUGGGCGCCUCCAGCUUGAUGUGUUACAAUUCAUGCAACGAGAACACAAGCUGCGAAGUUACACUCUGAACUCGGUCUGCGCAAAGUUCCUUGGGGAACAGAAAGAAGACGUCCACCAUUCCGUUAUCACCGAUCUCCAAAACGGCACUCCUGAGUCAAGACGUCGGUUGGCUGUGUAUUGUCUAAAGGAUGCAUAUCUUCCUCAACGGCUACUGGACAAGCUCAUGUGUUUCGUCAACUAUGUUGAGAUGGCCCGUGUCACAGGAGUGCCAUUCAAUUACCUUCUUGCUAGAGGACAAUCUAUCAAGGUCUUGUGUCAGCUAUAUCGCAAGGCUAAUGAAGAGGGUUAUUUGGUCCCCAUGAGCAGGUCUGAAGGAACGGAUGAACAGUAUGAAGGUGCAACUGUCAUCGAACCCAAGAAAGGUUACUAUGACGUCCCUAUUGCCACACUGGAUUUCAGUUCGCUGUAUCCCUCAAUCAUGAUGGCGCACAACCUGUGUUAUACCACACUUCUCGACAGACCAACUGUGGAGCGCCUGGGCCUGGUCAAGGAUGUGGACUACAUCCAAACCCCCAAUAAUGACCUAUUUGCAACUACCAAACGGCGAAAAGGCUUGCUUCCCACCAUUUUGGAGGAUCUUAUAGCUGCCCGUAAACGAGCAAAGGCGGACUUGAAGAAAGAAACAGACCCUUUCAAGAAGGCCGUCUUGGAUGGGCGACAACUUGCCUUGAAGAUUAGCGCCAAUUCCGUAUACGGAUUUACGGGAGCUACCAUUGGAAAGUUGCCUUGCCUUCCCAUUUCUUCCAGUGUGACGGCGUACGGUCGUCAGAUGAUUGAAAAGACAAAAUCGGCUGUCGAAGAGGAAUACUGUAUCUCAAAGGGACAUGCUCAUGAUGCUGUAGUUAUCUACGGAGACACAGAUUCUGUCAUGGUAAAGUUCGGCCCUACCGACUUGGCGAAAGUCAUGGCGCUGGGUAGCGAAGCUGCCGAGUUGGUAACAGCCCGAUUCGUGAAACCCAUUAAACUUGAGUUCGAGAAAGUCUAUUAUCCGUAUCUGCUUAUCAACAAGAAACGGUAUGCUGGACUGUACUGGACGAAGACGGAGAAAUACGAUAAAAUGGAUGCGAAGGGCAUUGAGACUGUUCGGCGAGACAACUGCCGCCUUGUGUCGACCGUCAUCGAAACAUGCCUUCACAAGAUGCUCAUCGACAGAGAUGUUAGAGGAGCGGAAGGGUAUACGAAGAGAGUUAUCUCGGAGUUAUUGCAGAACAAGAUCGAUAUGUCGCAACUUGUAAUCACCAAAGCUCUCGCGAAAGACGAUUAUACUGGGAAGCAGGCGCACGCUGAACUUGCAGAGAGGAUGAAACAACGCGAUGCGGGUUCUGCUCCUGCACUUGGUGAUCGUGUCGCCUAUGUCAUCAUCAAAGGAAUCAAAGGUGCAGCUGCGUACGAGAAGUCGGAAGAUCCCCUAUACGUUCUCGAAAACAACAUUCCCAUCGACACGAAGUACUACCUGGAGAACCAGCUCUCAAAACCUCUUAUGCGUAUCUUCGAGCCUAUCCUGGGCGAUAAGGCGUCUUCGCUAGUAUCUGGGGAUCAUACGCGCACAAUUCAAAUUGCCACGCCCACAGUAGGCGGCCUCAUGAAGUUCGCUGUGAAGACAGUCACUUGCCUGAGCUGCAAAACGCCGCUAAGAGGCAAGGAGUCGGAUGGUGCUGUGUGCAAGAAUUGCAAACCGAGGAUGCAAGAGCUGUAUCAAAAGCAGAUUAUGCAGAGUUCAGAGCUGCAAGUGCGAUUCUCGCGUCUAUGGACGCAAUGCCAGCGGUGUCAAGGCUCUCUUCAUCAGGAUGUUCUAUGUACCAGCAAGGAUUGCCCAAUUUUCUAUAUGCGCAAGAAGGCCCAGAAGGACGUUGAGGAUGCUAAUACUGUCCUAGAGCGCUUCGAGAGCGAGGAUUGGUG